CCCAGUUCUCCUCUGGCUAAUUCUAGUAGUAUAUGCAUUUCCUUGCAAACUCCCGUGGAAUACUUUUCCUAUCGCGUGGGCAUCUACUACCACUUGUACCCCGCCUUUCAGUCUCAACAAUGGCAGCCAGUGCUGUACAAAAGUUUCGCCCCGUGGUAGUCUCCGGACCAUCUGGGACCGGUAAAUCCACUCUCCUGAAGAGACUUUUCGACGAAUACCCGGAUACCUUUGGUUUCUCUAUUUCUCAUACAACCCGCUCCCCCCGCCCCGGCGAGCAACAUGCACGCGAAUACUAUUUCACAACGAAAGAAGAUUUCCUAGACCUGGUCAACAAAAACGGGUUUAUCGAGCAUGCCCAGUUCGGCGGGAACUACUACGGCACGAGUAUUCAAGCUGUGAAGGAUAUCGCGGCGAAGGAGCGGAUCUGUAUUCUUGAUAUUGAGAUGGAGGGCGUUAAACAAGUCAAGAAGACCGAUCUCAAUGCACGAUUCCUAUUCCUUGCGCCUCCCUCUGUUGAGGAACUCGAGAGGAGAUUGCGUGGGCGCGGCACAGAGACCGAGGAGAGUCUGCAGAAGCGUCUUGCACAGGCGAGGAACGAGCUCGAGUUUUCGAAGCAACCCGGUGCGCAUGAUCAGAUUGUUGUGAAUGAUGAUCUUGAGACGGCGUAUCAGGAGUUGAAGGAUUUUAUUGUUGAUGGGGGUAAGUUUGGAGCGGAGCUGUGAUUUUGGUCUUUUGGUUUUUUUUUUUUUUCUUCUUUUUUUUUUUUUUU